AUGCCUUCUUUCGUGUGUGCGGCAAAAGCAUCGUAUAAAAAGCUCCCUGGGCUGCUGGAACUCACUGAAGCGCACCUCCAAUGGGCUCAAGACGGAAAACAACCCUCUGUACGCGUUCCAUUAGCAGAUGUGUCUGCUCUUUUCUGCAGCAAAGAAGGCGCACAGCAGGUCAGACUCAAGGUGGCCCUCUUCAACGACGAGAAUGGCCAUAGUUUCGCUUUCACAUCCCCAAAAGCCCAACAUGAACGCGAGAACUUCAAGACAGAACUCACCGCCAUUGUUGGUCGGAAUCGAGCAAGUGCUGAAGCUGCUGCCCGUGCUCCCGCUCCUCCAAAGCCCUCCCCGAUACAAGCACCACCGCCUCCCGCCACGCUUCCUCAACGUCCAUCCAUUUCGCAUACCCCGUCUCGCGCAGCUUCUGUCUCUUCAAGUGACCCACGAAACCUUAUAAUCAUCCCAGGAAAUGACUACGCUACCGAUGUUCGUCUGCGCAAGGAAGUCCUCAAGAGCGAUACUGAGCUUGGCGCUCUGCAUCGUGAGCUCGUUGCAAUGACCGGUCAACUGUCCGAAGUAGAGUUUUGGGAAGGCCGAGAACAUCUCCUUCUCUCCCUCGCCGCCUCUGAGAACCAGCGAAAGGGAAAGCCUGGCCCUAUCGUCGACCCGCGCCCGGAGACCGUAGAGGGUGAAAUCAAAAUCGUCAUGACCCCCCAGAUGAUCCAGGAAAUCUUCGAGGAAUAUCCUGUGAUCGCAAAAGCCCAUAGAGAAAACGUCCCCAGCAAAUUGUCCGAGGGCGAGUUUUGGACGCGAUAUUUCAAGUCGAAGCUAUACCAUGCACAUCGGGCAUCCAUUCGUUCAACUGCAGUUCAACAUGUCGUUCAAGAUGACCCUAUACUCGACAAGUACCUCGAAAGGAUUGACGAUGAACUUGAACCCCGACGGCAGCGAUCAGAACGGGUAGAAUUGUUUGUGGACUUAGCAGCAACAUCAGAAGACCAUGUUGAAACGGGAAAUGAAAAAGACGUCACCAUGCUUGCAGGAAGGCAGCGCGGGGCACUACCUCUGAUCAGAAAAUUCAACGAACAUUCGGAGCGACUCCUGAAUUCUGCGCUCGGCGAUAUUCCUGCUUCCAAGCGACAAAAACUUAACGCCGAUGGUGAUUAUGGACAAAUAGAUCUGGACGAUUUGCACGACGCCGAGUCCGCCGCCGGCAUUGUUCUUGAAAUGCAAGAUCGUCAACGUUACUUCGAAGGAGGUGUAGCGAAUGGCUCGUCUACGGAAGCAGACAAGCCUCGCGACAUGAAAAGCCUAAUACGAAAUGCGAAGCAGAACAUGGAUGGAUGGGAGGCCAAGUUAUCUCAGCUGAAAAUCGAGCGUCCGGCCGGCGAUGCGGCAUUCAGCUCCAUGACACAGAACGUCUCGGCUCGAUUAGAAGUCAAGAUGCGGAAAAGUCGGUCCACUCUACUCUUUCUUGGCUUAGUGCCUUUGCUGAUCGCGGUUGGAGAUGACAUCCCUGAUGCGUUUUUCCGACAAAUGACAAUCUGCCAGGCGGCGGCGAAUGAGUUUUUGCGCCAGUUUUGGUCAUCGAUGCAUCCACCUGCGACCGAGGUGCAAGUUGUUGCGCUGCCCACGCCCCAACAAAGAGCGGCAAAGGCUGCAAAAAUGAUCAGCUUUCUUUCGAAGACACAGGACAAGGUUGACGCUCUAGUGCACAUGUCUAUUCAGUACAAUGUGGAUCCAAAACGGGUAGAAAUUGCUCUGAAACCCAUCAUGACGGCUGUGAAUCGUGCUAUUGGAUAUCAUCAGACGAAGACUACAAAGCCCGCUGCCCGCGGCUAG